UAUGCAAUAUGAAUUAAAUUUAUUCAGAAAGGAUUACCCAUGAUGGUCUUUUCGUCAAACGGAGCGUUCGUCAUGGCAGGGCGUUGUGGUCGUAUUGUGAUUAGGGGUUGUGCAUAUCAAAAUGAAAGCCCUAUGGAGCGCCACAUUAAUUACUGUGUAUUCCAAUUCCUAACUAAUAUUUUAAAUAACACUAAAAUAAUAAAAAGAAACAAUUUAAUAAAAUAACAUACGUCUUCCAAAGAACCGUUUCGUGUUUCGUACAUUGUAAUUAGGAAAUAUGGAAAUUACAUACGUCGCAAGCUGAAUUCUUAACAAGAAAUCUGAACGGCAAAAGCACCCUGUCAUUAUUCGCUAAUAAAUACAUGUAACAACUGCAUUUCACGUAGAAUUUCUCACGCCAAUUAUAAGAAAUUUUAGUCACAUUUAAUGUCGGGAUUUCAGAUAGUUCAGUUGUUCAAAAUGUCGGCAAAAUUUUCGAUCAUGCAAAUUUUUAAAUUCCUCGAGGAUCCAGCAUAUCCGUCUGUAGGACCUCAUCUAAAACUGCUAGGAUUUACGGGUCUCUGGCAUCCGAACCGCCACACCUUAGUGGGUCGCUUCAAACAUAUUCUCUUCUACAUCACCAUAUCAUUCUUCUUCAGCCAGUACAUCAAAUGCUUCAUCAACUUCAACGCCAGCUCCCUGAAACUGAUUCUUCAGUAUGCUCCAUUUCAUAUGGGCAUCGUCAAAUCCUGUUUCUUUCAGAAGGACUAUAAGACUUGGCAGCAAGUGAUUGACUACAUGUCGUCAGUGGAACUCGCUCAACUGUCCAAAAGUAACAAGGAACAAUACAAAAUAAUCUACGAUUACAUCAAGAGGAAUCGGAAAGUGUCUUACUUUUUUUGGGCUCUCGCUUUCUUCUCCAAUUUUAGUAUUUUCACUGAACCGUACCAAAAGAAUCAGAUAAAUGUUAACGGUACUAGUAUUUAUUUGAACAUUUUUGAUGGCUACACCCCAUUUCAGAAGGAACCUCCUGGCUACUACAUUUCCAUGUUGAUCCAAACUGUGUUAGGUCAUAUUGUCAGCGCCUACGUGGUGGGUUGGGAUACUCUCGUGGUCUCAAUCAUGAUAUUCUUCGCUGGCCAGCUGAAGAUUACCUGCUUGCGUUGUAAGAUGAUGAUAGACGUGACUAAUCCGAUGAAAAGCCAUCUUCGAAUCGCGGAAUGUCAUCGAUUCCACACCACUUUGGUUGAGUACACGCGAAUAUUCAACGCGCUGAUAUCUCCGGUAAUGUUCGUGUAUUUGGUGGUGAUUUCAGUGAACCUCGGCGUUUGUAUUAUACAGAUUGUUGAGAUUGAAAAUGACGUGCCUACACUAGUAUCAAGCAUUCUGUUUGUGAUGGCGUGUUUGAUACAACUGCUGCUCUUCUACUGGUAUGCCAAUGAAGUUACUCAUGGGAGCACCUUUGUGAGCUACAGUACUUUUGAGAGUAAUUGGCCUGAAGCUAAUAACAAGUUGCAAAGGGAAGUGGCUCUGUUAGGUCUGACCACGGAGAAGAUGCUCGUCUUCAAAGCGGGGCCUUUCAAUCAGAUGUCACUGGCCACUUUUAUUGCGAUACUAAGAGCGAGCUACAGCUUCUACACCCUAUUGAAUAGCACAAAUUAAACAAAAAACGAGCACGGUAGAGCGACAGCCAAGUUCGAGCAUCUACCUAACAUUGUAGUAAAAUAGCGUAGUAAAUAAUCGAAAUAGCACUAAAACGUUUCAAUUUAUUUUCUUUCACCGUAAACAAAGUAAAAAAGCAAUAGAAAAAUUCUUAUUAAUUUUUAUUUUCCGGUCAAAAAUAACCUCUCCCGUAAUUCCCUUGUUAUUUGGACCUUCAGUAUUUACGGACAUAACUGAAAUCUUCCCGGCGGAAUUCUG